UCUGCAUAUCUGUAGCAAAAGAGCACAUCACUCAGGAAGCGUUUGUUACGCGACCAUAACACGAUCUCCACACUGAAGACAUUGUGAAAAAGUUAAGCGUUGAUACGAAGUUGUUUUGCUUCGUUACGACGUCGAUGCAUGCUCUGCAAACAUGUUUGUAACGAUUUAUUACGGAGAUCAGAAGUCGCUGCUGGUCAACCCAAGCUGUUCCGUGGUAAACCUACUGAACUCGAUCAAAGAGCGCUGCGGUUAUGGCGAUAGCGAUAGAGUUCUGGACUUGAGCGACGAAACAGGUCUUGUCUUAGAUCUCAGCAGCCACAAAAACGAUUACGCGAGUAAGUACCUCGCAUCCAAAGGCUUCUACGUCCUGGUAGAGAAACGGACCAUGCCAUCACCUUCGAAUGACCCAAACGAAUCAGGGCUCCCGCAAGAAGUCCAGUAUGUACCUUUGCUACUAAGACCCAACGAAACAUUUCAAGGUUACAAAGCUAGAGUUGCCGAGAGGAACAUGGGUCGAGAUGAAACAUCACAAACGAGCAGGAACACAGCAAGCAGAGGUAAACGAGUAAGACUGAGAGCGCGAAAGAGUAUAGUAGAGGCAAGUUAACGCAGGAAAACAGAUUCUGAUGACAGAGUCUUUCUCUGUUUACCCUAACAGUAACGAUUCAAGUGAGAUAUUCUUUGAGAGGUCAUCGCGUCCUUUUUAAGUUAAAAAUUGUAAAGUAAUACGGAUAAAACUGUGACUUGAGUUUUAAAGUUAUUUUUUUAAUUGUAAAAAGUGUACACUAACAUGUGUUUGUAAAUUAAGAGAAAUUUCUGAGUUAAGUCGAAAUAUAUUAGCGCAAGGACCUUUACUAUAAUUUUCUUGUUUUGUUUUGUCAUUAUUAUUACUUUUGUCGCUGU